GCUUCCAAAAGACCAUUUGGCAGCUCGGCUUCUUCUUCGUCGUGGUUCCAGUGACUGUGGACCAUUUUGAUAAUCCUUAGCUGUAGUAUCCAUUAAUGCACCAGAGUUGAUGCUCUGGCGCUUCGCCGGAACACCUUUUCUUGGCAAGGCCGUUUCGGGAGUUUGUAUUUUUGUGCGCGCAGCAGAUUUCACACGCCGCAUAUUUAAGAACAGGGCACUCUGCUUCAAACGCACACCAAGAACUGAGAAGAGAGAAGAAAAAAGAAAGAUCGAAGGAGAUUUAAUUAGUUCUUCCGAGCUAAUUCAACAAUUCAAAGCAGCCAUGGCAAGAAUCGCCGCAGUCGCUCAGUUUCAGAGACACUUGGAUCCGGCUGCGCACGAAUUUUGGCCUGGCAGGCGUAUGAUUUUUGCCCACCAGUUCAAUUUUCCCCAGCCACCCCAUGUUUACUACUAUCCUUAUACACAUAUAUACCUCGGGAUUCCGGCGACCGAGAACUUCGGCGUCGACGCCGGGGUCCCCCCAGUUUCGCCGUCGCCAGAGCCUCCUUUGGGCAUGAGCACGAGAGCUCUGCUUCUGAUCUCUGUUCCUGCUGACGUCACCGAAUCCAUAGUCCGGAGGGACCUGGGGGUGUUUGGCGAGGUCCGGAAGGUUCAGAUGGAGAGGCUGUCAGAGGGAAUCGUGACGGUCGAUUUCUUCGACCUCCGGCACGCGGAAUCGGCAAUGGCGGCGAUUCAACAACAGCACAGGCAGCCACAGCCGCAGCCGCAGAGCAACAUGAUCAGGGUGUACUACGGUGGGCUGCUGUUUCCCUAUCUGUGUCACACAGGGCCUUCGACGGGGGUCCGGGCGCCGGCUCCGGGGCUUGUCGCCGGUCGGACCGUGUGGGCACUGUUCGCCCCGCCGGCGACGGCCAAUGACCCUGAGGGAGAAAAUCAGGGGAUGAUCGUAAUUUUGAACGUCGAUGAUAAUGUCUCCUCGAACAGGAUGCGGGAAAUUUUUGGGGGUUUUGGGCCGAUGAGGGAGCUGCGCGAGGCGCCGUUGAAGCACAAGCGAUGGUUCAUAGAGUACUUCGACAUCAGAGACGCAGCCAGAGCUCUGAGCGAACUCAACGGCAAGCAGAUCUUCAUAGGCAGCCGGAAAAUCAGGAUUAAAUUCUGCGACGCCGAAUGCAGAAGGAAAACCAAUCCCAUCGUUCUCGCUCCCACCAACCCCUCCGCCGCCAUCUCCACCGCACUCGGCGACUCCACCACCACCCCUGCAGGCCGCGGCACCACCACCGCCCCUGCAAGCCGCGGCGCCACCACCGCCCCCGCAGCUUCCGAUCGCGGCAGAGGAAAUAACAUCAUCAAGGCUCCCAAAAACUUUGGGCACACAACUCAUCCGCGCUUUUCGCCAACUUAUCAGUGGAAGCCGAAUUCGAACCCCGGUGGCCCAAAUUACGACGGUGCCUCGUCUUCUCCGCCGGGGGCAACGACCACCGGCAGGACGUGGCAGAGAGUAGGCUCCGGCAUCAACCGCCCGCACAAUCAAUAUCCGUACCAGCCCUCCCGACCUCGGCCAUGGAGGAGCUCAGAUGCGCGCUUUUUAGUCAACGUCGACGCCAUUGACGAGAGCUCUCGAACAACAUUAAUGAUAAAGAACAUUCCAAAUAGAUACAGUCGAGAUUUGCUCAUAAACAUUCUCGACAAUCACUGCAUUCUGAGCAACACAAAGAUUAAAGGAAGCAAUCAGCCGUUGUCUUCCUACGACUUCUUCUAUCUCCCGAUCGACUUCAGUAACAAGUGUAACGUGGGGUAUGCGUUCGUCAAUUUAACGUCUCCUCAAGCGGCGAGGAGACUCUUCCACGCAUUUCAUUCCCACCACUGGGAGAUUUUUGAAUCGAAAAAAAUAUGUGAGGUUGCUUAUGCACGGCUGCAGGGUUUGGAAAUGCUGAAAGAGCACUUCAAGAACUCGAGGUUCCCAUGCACGACGGAAGAGUACCUGCCGGUGAUGUUCUCUCCGCCGAGAGACGGCAAGAACGCAGCACCACCCAUUCCCAUCUCCGGCUUUAUGAUUAUUAACUCCACUCAUUCCAGUGAUCGUGGCAGCAGCAAUGGCGAUAAUGGUGGCCGUCAUAUUGUUGAAGAGGGUGACGAUAACACAUGAGUACCAAGUAUUAUUGUGGGCAUCCUGCAACCCAAGGCUUAAGUUUGAGCUUCAGCUGCUUCUCACCCCCCCCCCUCUCUCUCUCUCUCUCUCGCUCUCUCUCUCUCUCUCUCUCUCUCUCUCUCUCUCUCUCUCUCUCUCUCUCUCUCUCUCUCUCUCUCUCUCUCUCUCUCUCUCUCUCGAUAAUUUUAGUUUUUAUUUGUAAAAGAACUUCUGAAUUUCAUAGCAAGCAGCUCAGAGAAUUAUGAAUUGAAA